UUUUAUUUUGAAAAAUAUAUAUUACCGUAAUGUGUAGUUUAUGCACGCACAAAAACAUCGUGCUUUUUUCCGCAUUUACCUGAUGGAUCGUUUAUUCUUCUUCUGUUUUGUAUUGCUCCUGGAUGGUGUGUUUGGUGCUGAUGUUGUAGUGAUGUCAGUGAUGAAGGGUGAUGAUGUCACUCUACCUGUUGCUUGGCGUUUAAAAGGAGAUGAACGGCUGCUGUGGAAGUUUAAAGACAAGGAUAUAGCAGCUAUUAAUUUAGACGUGAUACCUAGCCAAACAAAUUACCCUGAUGAGAGAUUCACAAAUAGACUUUUUAUGAACCCUAAGACUGGAUCUCUCACCAUCAACAACAUCAGAACUGAAGACAGUGGAGAAUAUCAGCUGAAGAUCAAAGGCAUCAUAGAUAAAAACUACCAUCCAUUAAAGACAUUCAAUGUUACUGUCACUGGUGUGUCUGGUGCUGAUGAUGUUACAGUGUCAGUGAUGAAGGGUGAUUCGAUUACUCUACCUAUUAAUGCUAGUGAAAUAAAGGGAGAUGAAUGGCUGCUGUGGAAGUUUGAAAACGCAUAUAUAGCACUUAUUGAUUUAGAAACUAGCCAACCAAAUUACAUUGAUGAGAGAUUCACAAACAGACUGAAUCUGGACCUUCAAACUGGAUCUCUUACCGUCAACAACAUCACAACUAAAGACACUGGAGAAUAUCAGGUGAAGAUCAAGGACAGACAAGAGACAAACUACAAACCAUUUAAGACAUUCAAUGUUACUGUCACUGGUGAGUAGUUUAAGUGAUUAUCUGGAUUCAAUGUCUGUAAAUAAUCUAUGAAGUCUAAAAUAAUCACAAGAUUUAUCUUUAUGAUUCAUCAUUUUUUAUGUUUUAUUUGUUGAAAGACUUCAGACUUCAAAAGUAUUAAACAUUAAAGAGCACCUACUGUCCGAUUCACGUUGUUACAUUUAAGUGUGUAUUAGUACAUGUUAAUGAUAUGCAAAAGGUACAAACCCCAAAGUAAAUGAUGACGCAAGUUAUCAUCUCCAACGUAAAUCUCUUUUCUUGGACUACAACAAACACACGGAUUGUAGGCAACAGUUUACUUCCAUAUUUCCUUAAGAUGACAGUAAAUAUGUCACAAUUUGUUAGAAAAAUACAUUAAAAUAAAGUUUUGUUUCAUGUUAUUUACUUCUAUAUGUUUUCAUUUAUUGUGAUGGUUUUAUUCAUUCAUUUUUUUAUUCAUGUUUCCUGUUGUUUUCAGUAAAUAAAAGGAAAUUGCAUUAACUCAUGAAUUAAUAAUUUCUUAACUGAAAAGAAAAAUUCCCACUAGAUGUCGUAGUUGCACUGUUUAUUAUUUUACUUUCGCUUUCACCGCCAUUUUCUCUGGUGCUGAUGUGCGUGAAUGAAUGCACGUUUUUCUUAAAUAAUAUAACGCCUCAUGUCAACACAUUUAAAUGUAUUCACAUCACCUGCAUUUUUCUAGUUUGUAUAAGCACAGCUGUCAUCUGAUAAUACACAUUCAAUUACUUGUUUUACUCAUUUUUGUCCACUAAAAAAAUCGUAAUAUAAUAAAGUAUUUGUCAUAACAUAUUCUGGGGUAUGAUAUCUUAAUAAGAUAUCUCUUAGUAUUUUUCUGAGUAUGAAACCAGCAGGCGCGUGACAUCAAAGUGAGAGUGAUUCGAGAAAUCAUAUGGAGAAGUCUGAUUUUAUAUAUAUUUUAAGAUAUGCCAGUGCAAGCUGUUUUGAGUUAGGACAACUCAAACAAACAUUUUAAUCUUGGACUAAACUUAAGCCCUGUCCGGUAAACUUCCCCAUACUGUUUUAUAUUCAAGACGAAGCAUUAUUUUGAAUCUUUUAUUAUUUGCCACUAGAUGGCGUAGUUGCACUGUUUAUUAUUUUACUUUUGCUUUCACCGCCAUUUUCUCUGGUGCUGAUGUGCGUGAAUGAAUGCAAGUUUUUCUUAAAUAAUAUAACGCUUAAUGUCAACACAUUUGAAUAUUUAUCUGAUAUGCGAGUUAAUAUGUUGUAACAGGCGAGAUAUGUUCCGUGGUUUAAAUGCACAUGCUGUUGUUGUUAUGUUAUCUUACCUACAUAUUUAUGUAUACUUUGUUCUGUUUAUUGCAAGAAAACCACAUUUAUACUUUGUGGUCAUGUGUUUAAAUAUUAUAAUGCUAUGGAUGACAA